UAAGGAAGCAAUCGAGCGGUCAUUCAUUGUAAGAUCAGUUUAUUUUGAAAGCUAUUCCAAAGAUAAUUCUCUCUAUAUCAGUAUCGGUAUUCUCUGUCAAUCAAUAUAUCAUCUUUCAUUUGUGUCAAUAAUUAUUUGAAAUUUUGUGUAUUUAUAUCGAUUGUAUCUACAGAUACUAUGAUAAUGCAGUGGAGAACCUUUUCCAAAAUGAAUUUUCCGUUGUUCAUCACCUGUUUGCUGCCCUUCAUAACCAGUGCCACCUGUUUGCUGCCCUUCAUAACCAGUGCCGGAAUAUUAUCACCCACGACUGGUCGUAGAGGGAAUAUCCGCGAACGUUCGACCUCCAAUUAUGGAAUAAAGAAAGAGGACCUGGAAAGCGCGGUGACGUUCGCUUACCACACCACAAACAUGUCCGAGCGAUUGGAGGACAACAUCAAAGGACGAGUCGGCAUCAGCAACGGUUCGCCCUCUUUCGGGCUGAACAUCGCUUACAGAUCAGAAGAUAGAGCGAUUGAGAGGGGUAGAAAGGCCCUGAUAGCUGCGAGAGCUACCGUUCAGUUGGCCAACAUGUUUUGCAUGAGUUAUAAACUGAACUAUGACGAUUGCUUAGCUGCUAUCAACAAAUUCAGUCUGAAGGAUUCGUCUUUGAAAUCCGUUUGUGACCAUUUAGAGAAAAAGUGUUCUCCUGAAGAAUACCAAAACAUGUACCGAUCGGCAGAAGGUUCCUGCAAUAACAUCAAGAAGAGCAGUUUGGGAGAAUCAUUCACUGGAUAUACAAGAUUAUUAGCUCCUGAUUACUCCGAUAACAUCAAUACCGUGAGAAGAGCUCGAAACAAAGAUGCUUUACCAAAUGCAAGAAGAGUCGGAAGUGCCAUCAUUGACGAGAUUAAAUUUGCCAAUGAUCGAUUGACGCUAGCUGUAAUUCAAUGGGGCCAAUUCCUGGAACAUGAUCUGAGUAGAUUUGCCUUUCCAGUGAUGUAUCACUACAACAUUUCGUUCGAUUGCUGCGAUCGCGAUGGGCGCAAUUUGGCGCCCAGAUACCUCCAUCCACUUUGCAUGGCCGUCGGGGUGCCCCCGGAUAACGAGUACACCUUCGCCAGCGGUUUGAGUUGCAUAAGUUACGCUAGGUCCCUGCCCGCCGUAGGGAACGAUUGCCGCUUCGGAUGGAUCAACCAACUCAAUCAAGCAACCCAUUUCUUGGACGGCUCUCAAGUAUACGGGGUGACGUUCGAAAAGACCUCGGAAUUGCGCAGCUACACCAAUGGAAUGCUCAAAAUGCACCAAAUCGGCGAGAAACACUAUCUGCCUUCCUCGGAAAAUCCUAGUGAAAACUGUCAAGUUGAGACAAAAAACGCGGCUUGCUUCACAGCUGGAGAUCCGAGAGUCAACCAGCAUCCGCGUCUCACGGUGAUGCACACGAUUUCGGUGCGAGAACACAACAGGAUAGCGAGAAAGUUGAGGGAAAUGAACGAGCACUGGGAUGACGAGAAGCUGUUCCAGGAGACCAGAAGGAUCGUUGUUGCCGAGAUGCAGCACAUUACUUACAACGAUUGGGUGCCUAAGAUUUUGGGUGAGAAGAAAUUACAGAAUGCUGGGGAAACUUAUCAAGAAAGUGUUGACCCCACUGUCAGUAAUAGUUUCGCCACAGCUGCCAUCCGGUCUCUGCAUUCUAUGUUCAGCGAUCAUUUCAGAUUAUUAGAUGAAGAUCGUAAUAACGCCGAUUCACCCUCUAUAAAUUACAAAGGACAUUUCAACAAUCCCGGAAUAAUUCUAAAAGUUGAUGUUUUUGAUUCUCUGAUCAGAGGACUUGCGAGUGAAAGCAUUGGAAAUGUUGAUGCCAGAUCUCAAAAGCUUCCCAAUGAAUCAUUCACCGAUGAAAAUUUCGGCUACGAUACGCUAACACUGGAUGUCCAGAGAAGUAGAGACCAUGGUCUGCCGAGUUACAACGCGUAUAGAAAACAUUGUGGACUCAAAAUGGCGAGCAGUAUGCAGAAUUUCGCAGAUCAUAUGACUAGUGCA